UCAAAAUUCACAACAGGGCGGUAGAUAUUUGGCGGCAAACGUUCCCGCUAAAUAUUUUCCCUCCAUUGCAGCUCACAGUGAAGCACUAUAUAUAAAUCUUGCGCCACCCAAUCCAUUUUCAUCUAAAUCUCAGUUUCUUCACUCACAAUCUCUCAAUUUUUUGUUAAUUUUUGGGUUAUCAUGGUGGUAGCAUUAGGUCCCGGAAAGUUCUACGGCAGCAGCUUACCAAGGCCGCGGUUUUACGAAAACCCAAAUGGAGAACGGGUCGAUCCACCAGUAUCUGUUUUGGAUCCGUUUUUGUCAUGGGCUGAGGAAGCUCAUUGGUCAAUGGGGGGUUUGAGCUUCAAACGCCUCCGUCUUCAGGGACGGAUCGAAGGUAACAUCAAGAAACUCAGAGCUGAGUGUGAGAAGAUCGAGAAGAAAUCGGUGGGUGAGAAGAAGAAGUCGGUGAAAAAGGGUUCGUUGUCGUCCCCGGUGGUUCAUGUAAGUCCAUCUCCUCCUCCUGCUCCAUUGAAUUUGAAGAGGAAAAUGCAAUUGGUUGAUGAAUCUGAUGAUGAAAAUGAAGAAAUGGGGGUUGAGGGGAGAGUAGAAAAAAGGGGUCUAGCGAGGAAAUUGGAUGUUGAUUUUGAUAAAGUUGCUGAGAAGAGUGAUGGGAUAGUGAUGGGGAGAACAAGGAGUGGAAAAAAUAAAGAGGCUAUAGUUGAGAAAAUGGUGAAAUUGAAAACUAAAGGUAGAAGAUUGAAGAAGGGGUCUGAGAAGAAGAGCGUAUCAGUGACACCAAAUGCAGCAAGAACUUCACCGAGAUUGUUGAAAACGUAGGUUGCCUUGAAGGUGUUUGAUAAUUUGUGUCAAUGAAUGAAACUUUCAAUAGUACAGUGUUAUUAAGUGUGUUAGCUUUGAAAUGUAGGUUGGAUUAUUGUAGUAAGUUAUUAAUCUUGAUAAGAUGAAUGAAAAUUGAAACAAUCCAGUUGUUGAAUGCUUUAUAA